AUGCACGAUGUACUGACAAAGAACCACCAGAGAACGCAACCUCGGGACCCCUCGUUGGAUACUCCAGACGUCAACCACAAUACAAUGUCUUCCACAGCUAUCCCCAAGCGCAUGGCACUGAACCGCAACCCGGGCACGGAUUCCUCCGUCCCCAGCGUGUCGGUAUCUCCGUUUGACAGCCCUCGUCAUUCGCCGUCCUCGACUUCCCUUUCGUCGCUCGCGUCCGAGUCCGAGAACAAGGACAAGAUGUUGGACACGUAUGGAAAUGAGUUCAAGAUCCCGGACUACACCAUCAAGCAGAUCCGUGACGCUAUUCCUGCUCACUGCUACGAGCGGAAAGCUCUCACCAGCUUGUACUAUGUCUUCCGUGAUGUAGCCAUGUUGGGAUCCAUCUUCUAUGUCUUCCACAACUAUGUCACCCCCGAGACCGUUCCCUCUUUCCCGGCUCGCGUUGCUUUGUGGACCAUCUACACCAUCGUCCAGGGCCUGAUCGCUACUGGUGUCUGGGUUUUGGCCCACGAGUGCGGUCACCAGGCUUUCUCCCCCUCCAAGGUUCUGAACGACACUGUUGGCUGGAUCUGCCACUCCGCCCUGCUGGUGCCGUAUUUCUCCUGGAAGAUCUCCCACGGCAAGCACCACAAGGCCACGGGUAACAUCGCCCGUGAUAUGGUGUUCGUCCCCAAGACCCGCAACGAGUAUGCUUCCCGCGUCGGCAAGACCAUUCACGAGUUGAACGAGUUGAUGGAGGAGACUCCUAUCGCCACUGUCAUGAACCUCAUUCUCCAGCAGCUCUUCGGAUGGCCCAUGUACCUUAUCACCAACGUUACCGGUCACAACAACCACGAGCGCCAGCCCGAGGGUCGUGGAAAGGGAAAGCGUAACGGCUACUUCGGUGGUGUCAACCACUUCAACCCUAGCAGCCCUCUGUACGAGGCCAAGGAUGCUAAGCUCAUUGCCCUGAGUGACUUGGGUCUCGCCAUCACCGGAUCCGUUCUCUAUUACAUUGGUUCCACCUAUGGCUGGCUCAACCUCCUGGUGUGGUAUGGAAUUCCUUACCUCUGGGUGAACCACUGGCUGGUUGCCAUCACUUACCUCCAGCAUACCGACCCUACUCUUCCCCACUACCAGCCCGAGGUGUGGAAUUUCGCCCGUGGAGCCGCUGCCACCAUUGACCGUGACUUCGGAUUCGUCGGUCGUAACAUCUUGCACGGUAUCAUUGAGACUCACGUCCUUCACCACUACGUCAGCACCAUCCCCUUCUACCACGCCGACGAGGCCAGUGAGGCCAUCAAGAAGGUCAUGGGCUCGCACUACCGCACGGAGGCCCACACUGGCUGGACUGGAUUCUUCAAGGCUCUCUGGACCAGCGCCCGUGUCUGCCACUGGGUCGAGCCGACCGAGGGUGCCAAGGGCGAGAGCGAAGGUGUGCUCUUCUACCGUAAUACCAACGGUGUCGGAGUUCCUCCGGCCAAGCUUUCUAAAUAG